CCCUCUCCUCCCAUUGCUUAUCUUUCCCACUUGAGUCUCAAACUGUCAACACUUGCAACCCCAAACACCAAAAAGCUUUCACUUUUAGGGAGAGAAAGAGAGGAGAGAGAGAGAGAGAGUUCCAGAAUGCGGAGCAUAACUCUCUCGGACAGCGUUUUGGGGGUGCACUCGCCGCCUUCGCCAUUUCCAAAACCUCCAAAGCCGCCAUUGUUAUGUUCAUCCUGUUACUUGCUUUCUUUCAAAUUGCGCUCGAAGAAGCUCAUUUCCAAGCUUUCUCUCCCAAACCUAACUCUCGUUUCAUCCAGGUGUUCAAGAAAGUGGAAUGCGGCAGACACCUCCGAGGAAUGGAUUGGACGUCUUUUACGAACUUCUGAACAUCCAGAUGGCCUUGAGUUACAGUACCUUAAUCGCAAGAAAUGUCGGGUGACCACAGAACCAUUUCAUGUUGUGGAUGAUUACGAGGCUUUAGAUAUAGUCCUUGCAAAGGAAAACUCAAAAGCGGAUAGUCACAUGGACAGAGAGAUGCACAUUUCUUAUAAUCCAUUCUCUCAUUUUUGGAAGGCUAUCAUGCUGUGUGGAUUUCUUGCACUUCAAGGCUCUGAACCUGCAUUUGCUGUUUCUGAUCUUGCAAGUGGGUUGCCCUCAAUUCCUUUUUUGGGGAACCUUGGCGAUCUUAGCACAGGUUUUGCUUCAGCAUUUUUGCUCAUCUUUUUCUCGGAACUAGGGGACAAGACCUUCUUUAUUGCGGCGCUUUUAGCAGCUAGGAAUUCAGCUCCAGUUGUUUUUAUUGGGACUUUUGGCGCACUUGCGGCAAUGACCAUCAUAUCUGUUGUUCUUGGACGAACUUUUCACUAUGUCGAUGAAAUCCUACCAUUCAGAUUUGGCGAGACUGAUCUACCCAUUGAUGAUAUUGCUGCAGUUUUGCUCUUGGUUUACUUUGGAGUUUCAACUUUGCGUGAUGCCACCUCAAGUGAUGGUAUGAAAGCAGAAGAUGAACAGAGGGAGGCAGAGCUAGCUGUUUCAGAGUUUUCAGGAAAUGGUUCCGGAAUACUAGCUGCUGCUAGCACUGCCGCUAGCACCUUCCUUCUAGUUUUUGUUGCUGAAUGGGGAGACAAAUCAUUUUUCUCCACAAUCGCACUUGCUGCAGCCUCUUCACCCCUUGGAGUCAUCGGGGGAGCGCUAGCUGGUCACGGUGUUGCAACUUUGCUUGCUGUUUUGGGGGGUUCUUUACUGGGCACAUUCUUAUCAGAGAAGGCCAUUGCGUACGUCGGAGGCGUUCUUUUUCUGGUGUUUGCAGCUGUAACACUGGUUGAGAUUGUAAGUUAAAGAAGGCGGUUUUGAACACAAGACGUCAGGUGCAGCAAUAAACCUGUUAACCACUUGAACACGAAACUUCAGGUGGAGAUAGAUUCAUUCACCUUUUUUAGCUUCUCACACACAUCUUUUUUUAUUUCUAGCUGUUGAAUUGAAUAAUCGAACAGAAACGAAUACGUGAUUAAACAGGAGUGUGUGAGAGACUAAAAAAAACAUCUGUGUAAAGUGCGUUAUAGAAAAGGUAGCAAAAAUGGAAAGAACGUGGCACGCCCUAACCCAUCAAUAGAAGCAUUAGAGGGAGAAUCAAAAGUGAUGGAAAAAGGAUGAUUGUGGAGGCAGACAAAACCCCACUCUCUCAUCUUCUCCCUCUUUUACUUUUUACGUGAGCCUUCCUUUCCACUUUCCACUUUGGCUCCGUACGCUGCUGGUCUCUCAGUCUCAUCUUUCGCUCGCUCAAAAUUUAAAAUUCAAGUGCUCCUCCACUUUCUUCCAUUUCUUUCCUUAUUUAUGUAAUAUAGUUGUCACCCUUUUUCAUAUUGCUUUGAUUUCCAUCUUUCUUAAAUGCUUAAUUCGAUCCCACACACACUAUUUUAUUGAGUGAUGUUAUUAAUCUCAUGUUACAACUGUUCUUUUCAUUAAUAUAAGUGGGACACAUUAAUAUUAUUGUUGACAAAUAAGAG